AUGCCAGUCACCACCGCCAUGGAGCAGCUCCUGGGAUAUUCUUUCUGUCUCUUCCUGAUCCUGUCACCUUUAUGUAGCACAGGGCACCCUAUUCAAAUCCACAUACCUUCUCACGAGGUAAGUCCUUCUGGGAGCCAGACAAAUGUAAGGGUGAAAUGAUGCUUAGCUGUUUUUUGUUUUAAGAGGACUACUGAGCGGUCAGGUCAGCUGCAGGCAGUAGUGCCAAAUACUUCAAGAGCAGUGGAAAGGUUGAAUAGAAAUAUUCCUGAGUUCUUCUCCUGCCUUUGAAAAAUCAGUGGGUUCCAAAAGGUGGAUAAGGGAGGGGAGGAAACACUAGUGAAGUGUUCUCUUUUCGGAUCAAAUUGCCUAGGAUUGUGCAAUGCAGAAUAGGGAAGUGGGUGUAUUUCUGUUGGAAGUAGUAGGUGAAGUAGGAUGCUAACAUUAGGGUUACGCAGAACUCCUUAUUGGGCAGAAUAAAGAGUCCACUCUCUCUCUUUCUCUACAGACAGACUGCAAAGCUGGGUAACAGCUUAUUUCCAUUCUGCUAGAUGAAGAGUUCUGAAUGACUCAAAAUCUUGCAUAUUCUUCUUCCAACAGAGUCUGGUAUUCCCUCACCUAAUUUGUGUUCCUUAUCUAAUGGGACCAAAAACGGUACCAUCUUGACAUCAAUACAGAGAUGCCUUGAUUUUCCAUCUCUUCCUCCCACCCAGGAAUAUUAGUUUUCAGUUUAUUCAGGCUAAGAAAUCAACUCAUUAACUCUGACCAGCUGUAGAAGGGGGAAGCUACGUGCGGUCUGAAGUAUUUCUCAUGCCCUGUAGUACUGGACUUCGUUGUUGUAGCUGAGAGGAAUCAGAGUCGCUAUUUGCUACAUAAUUCCAGGCAGUCACCAUCAGUGCGAUAUCUUGGUCCAAAUCCAGUCCAUGGCAGCUGCGACUUAUUUCCAUCCAGACUUUGAUAGACCAAAAGCUACAGCAGGUGCAAUCCAUGAAUGGCAAGAUUUGAGAACAAGCAUUAAAAAGUGGUUAGUGUCCUAGAACAUUUUUUACCACGUGAAGCAGUGCCUGCAAUGAAACAAAUUAGGGAAAGUUGUCUCCUCUAAUCUGACAUCUUCUGCUGUUUUUUACUUCUUAAAAUCAUGGUUAAAUUAACUGGACCUCAAACGUUAAUUUCAAUGCUUCUCACCUCAGCUCUUUCUAACUACAGAGAAACUGUUUGAAAAAAUAAAACAUUACUAAAAAUAUAUAUAUUUUUCAGAUCCAUGUAGAUUUGGCAGCGCUGCUCUAGAAUGAUGCGAUUUACCCUAUUUCAUAAAAUCAAGGAAGAUAUGGAAAAGGUUUUGUGUUCUAAACAGAGCAGGAAACAAUAUUUCUGGCACAAGAAACUUGUGAAGAUCUUCUCUGGGGCUGAAUCUUUAAAAAAAUCAGAUGACAGGAUGUUCACACAGAUAACCAACCUAUAAAGUUCCCAUCAAAACAAACACAUCAGGUCAAUAUAAUUUAUGAUUAAUGAAUAAGUCUCAAUUUAUUUUAUGAUACCCUCGCCCCAUUAUUUUUUUAAAAAAACUUGAUUUGUAUCUAAAUGAAAAAUCAAAAUACUGAGAAGUUUCAUCCCUGCCUGAUAUCCUUCCAGUGUGGAGAGCCAGUGUGGUGUAGUGGUUAAGAGCGGUGGACUCAUAAUCUGGUGAACCGGGUUUGAUUCCCUGCUCCUCCACAUGCAGCUGCUGGGUGACCUUGGGCUAGUCACCCUUCUAUGAAGUCUUGCAGCCUCACUCACCUCACAGUGUUUGUUGUGGGGGAGGAAGGGAAAGGAGAUUGUUAGCCACUUUGAGACUCCUUUGUUGUUGUUUAGUCGUUUAGUCAUGUCCGACUCUUCGUGACCCCAUGGACCAGAGCACGCCAGGCACUCCUGUCUUCCACUGCCUCCCGCAGUUUGGUCAAACUCAUGCUGGUAGCUUUGAGAACACUGUCCAACCAUCUUGUCCUCUGUCGUCCCCUUCUUCUUGUGCCCUCAAUCUUUCCCAACAUCAGGGUCUUUUCCAGGGAGUCUUCUCUUCUCAUGAGGUGGCCAAAGUAUUGGAGCCUCAGCUUCCGGAUCUGUCCUUCCAGUGAGCACUCAGGGCUGAUAGGUUUGAUUUUCUUGCAGGGUAGUGAUAAAGUGGGAUAUCAAAUCCAAACUCUUCUUCUUCUUCUUCUUCUUCCCACUCUCAUUAGCCGGCACGUCAAGUGGGAUUGGGGCCUCGGUGGUGGCAGCCCCUCCUCCUCUUUGCCCAUUCUCCAGCAGCUGUCACAAGCUGCCCAAGGGAGGAGGCCAGCAGCAGCAGCAGCAGCAGCAGCGAUGAAGAGGCCAUGGAGAGGUUGUCGCCUCUUGAGACAAGCACUGGCUUGUCCUCCUCCCUGAGCUUGGUGGUGGCAGGGGGGAAAAAGGACAUUCCAGGAUCAAAUCAGAAGCCAGGAUGGCUUUUGUAAUUCCCAGACUGUCCCUGGAAAAUCAAGAUACUUGGAGAGUUUGCUAGUCAUGCUGGAUGGGGCUUAUGGCUUAUGUAGUCACAAUGCAUUGACUAUCGUUAAGUUAUUUUAAGCAUUUGUGCCCCAUUCUUCAGCUGAAAAUAUUCCUAGAACGACGUACAGGUCAACAAAGAUAAAAGCAGUCCCUACCUUCAGGCUUACAAUCUCAGCUACUCUCGGCAGCAGCUCCUCAAGGCCCCUGGCUGAGCUUUUAUCCAACUGUGCUACAUGGUUGUUGUUGUUAAGUACUGAAGUUCUCACCCUGGGCCAGCAGGGGGAUACUGUAGAUAGUUUUCACUCAGGUCCACAUAUGCAAAUAAGGAAUUGAAAGUGACGUUCAGUGAUUGGAUAGUUACAGAAAGUUGUUACUGUUGCGUUGUAGCUGAGCUCUAUAUAAGCAGGUUGGCUGAACCCUUCAGUUCAGUUCUGUUCUGGCCUGUGAAUAAACAAGAGCUGUCUGAAGAAUCGCUGUGUCGUCUGAUAUUUUCACCCACAGCUUAACAGUUGCCUUUUAUUUCCCCCCCCAAAAUUUAUUGAUUUUCCAAAAAUUAUAAACAAACAAACAAACAAACAAACAAACAUAAAUCCUAACUGUAAUUAUUCCACUCUUAAUAACAUUGUUAAGUGACUUCCUCGAAUCCCCCUGGCUGAAUUUCAAUGUAUAUCAUUGUAACAGUUUUCCAAAACAAAUUUCUCAUAAAAUUUACUUAAUCAAUUAACGUCUUUCUUUCUUUUAAUUUUAACUUUAAACAUAUUAUUCUAUAACAUCACAUAUUUAAAUCCUAAGCCUAUCUGGUAUUUGCUAGUAUUUCUAUUUAAAUUAUCUUAGCAUAUUUAACUAAAUAGUCUUUGAAUUUCAUCCAUUCCUCCUGGUACUCCUCCUCCUUCUGGUCGCGGACUCUUCCGGUCAGGUCGGCUAGCUCCGAAAAGUCCAUCAUCUUCAUCUGCCAUUCCUCCACUCUUGGCACUUCAACAGUUGUCUUUUAAUUGGAGAUGGUGAGCCAAACAUGAGCCCAGGAGAACCACAGGCCCUGCCUUCAAGGUGGUCAGCUUUUGUUUCCUUGAUCUUUGGGGAGGUGGGCUGAGCAAGUGAGCUGGAGACAUUGUUGAUGCUAAAAUGGGGUGUGAGUCCCAUUAAGAGUCACAAUAAUUUAAAUUAGAACAAAAUAUUUACUCUUGAAAAUGCAUGAUUUAUUCUGGAACCCAAGGCCUAUGCUAGCUGAAUCUCCACUCAGAAUAAACGGCUAUUUGUUUUAAGUAGGCACAGAUCAUAACACUUUUUCCUGAGCUUGCAACCUUCAAAGGGGAAAGUAGUUGCAUGUUUGGAAAGAAAUGGCUGGCUGAGCAAUGCAAAACAAAGUUGGUAGAACUGGAAAUGUCACCUGUGGUGGGGAUGGCAUGACCUGAAAGGAAGCAGGCAGUUCAGUGGAUUCCCUGAGGUAAAGGCAAAGCUUGCCUGACUUUCAGAUGCUUAGGAAUAUAACUUUUAUGGACUCUUUGAAGACACCUGGCAAGAUGAAUUAGGAAUAUACAGAAGACAGGAUGAAGAAAUAUGAAGGAAAUUGUCAAUUAGCCAGUGAGUCAAAACACACACAAACUGGUCGUUUUGGCACACCCCUAGAACCUAAAGUUUUGUAGAUUCCAAUGAGAGGCCAAGGGGCUCCAAGAUUUGUGCAAAAAAGGGAAUUACAGCAGGCAUCCAUUAUUGACUGCUGAGAGCAGGCUAGAACUGGUGUACGCACAGUCCAGCACAGUGCUUGCUGAAAACUGUACCUGAUAGAAGAAGCGCAGAUGACUCUCUUUCACUAUAACAUGGCAGAAAUAAAUGUCUGUGUCUCCACAUCCCCAGCCACAGUCCAGUUGACCGAAACCAGACAAAUUUUCAUUGUAAACAGAUUUUAUAACCAAGGCUUUCAAAGGAAACUACAUAUUCCUGUAAAACAGACUGACUCUGUGGUUUGGCAGGUUGUAAUCUGGAGGAAAUGGUGUGACUUUUUGCUGUUGUUAAUGAGGUCUGGUCUUUCUUGAAGACUGAAGCUCACAGUCUGGGAAUUCUUCUAAGCACAUAUGAAACUUAAGAGUACUGCCCUGAAUUUGACCAAACUCUUAUCUAGUCCAGCAUUUUGUUUUCCACAGUGGCCAAUCAGAUGUCCAUGCAAAGUCUGCAAGCAGAAAGAAAGUCACACCCUGGAUCCAUAACUGUCCCUGGAACAUCAGGAUGCUUGCAGCUCAAGCUCUUUUAACCACAUUCAUCCAGCGACAGCUAGCACAUUCUCUUCUACAUUUCAAUUUCGUAAUCAUUCCAGUAUUUGGAAGACCCUUGAUUACACCAAAGUAAACAGAUUUGCUUUGGAAAAUUGUUUGGGGAUAGCAAUCCCAUGCAGUUGCUUGUAAUUUAGUUUGAUCCAGCACAUUCACUUUUCCUUUUGAAAGAACAAACUCUUUUUGUUUUCUUCCACAGAGGUCUACACGCCAAGUGAAGACCCCCAAAACAGAGGUAGGUGAUCAUGUUGGAUUACCAGUUAAUUUAUUACUGAUCAACCAUCCUUUUUUUUUACCACAGUCAUGUCACUGCAAGGUUUGUUAUGCAAUGGUAGCAGAAAGAGGUGCUAGAAUAGGUUGCGUUGCUUUGUCUGCGGCUGGGGGACGCCAUUUUGAAAUUUUAAACAAACCCCAAAUUUAAAACAAACAGUUACCUGCAACGGUACCCACAGGAUUUUCUUCCCAGGGUGGGGGGCAGGCAAAGUAAAGCACACGAAGUGGGGAGAAGGGAAGUUUCUCAUCAAUACAUAGAGAGAAGAAAAGCUUCUGUUCAUUGAGCCUUGUAUCUCAAGUUCUACAAAUGUUAGAAACUUAUAGUGGUGUUCAACUAAGGGCUUGUCCGCACUUCCGCUUGUCCUGCCACUUUCCCCUGGGAAAACCCACGGCUUACUGCUGAAUUGGAACAAAUGCCAAUUGUUUUUUCUGUGGAUUGACAUUAGUUCUGAUUCAAACAAUGGGCUUUCCUGGGAAAAGUGGCAGGACAAAUGAAAAAAGCAUUAUUUGGCUGACGAACCACACCACAAAAAUAUUUGUUUGCCUGUUUGUUUGUUUAUUCAGUUUUCAGAUCAAAGUUUUACAGUCACAUAUCCAAUACAGUGGUACCUCGGGUUACAGACGCUUCAGGUUACAGACUCCGCUAACCCAGAAAUAGUACCUCGGGUUAAGAACUUUGCUUCAGGAUGAGAACAGAAAUUGCGCGGCGGCAGCGGGAGGCACCAUUAGCUAAAGUGGUACCUCGGGUUAAGAACAGUUUCAGGUUAAGAACAGACCUCCAGAACGAAUUAAGUUCUUAACCCGAGGUACCACUGUAUAUAACAUAAAAACAAGAUUCCAAAGAAUCUCCCUUUGUAGGUCCUAUUGUUAAUCAUUUCCUCCUGCAUCUUUUAUGAUAAUCCAAAUCUUUUACAUCUCCAUUAUCUCCAAAAUUCACCAUUAAACUAUACUGUAAGUGUUAUUCCAAUCCUACUAACAGUUUUAACUGUUUACAAUGGUUUUUAAGAUAAAUUAUAAAUUUUCCCCAUUCCUUAUUAAAAUUUGGGUCUUCCUGAUUUCUGAUUCUUCCGGUCACUUUUGCCAAUUCGGCAAAGUCCAUCAACUUAAUCUGCCAUUCUUCUCUGGUAAGGACUUAUCUUCUUUCCUUCUCUGGGCCAAUAAUAUCUGCACAGCCGUAGUCACAUACAUAAGUAGUCUUUUCUAAAUUCCCUUGGGAUUUCGGCACCUAGGAUUAGAGUGUUGGACUAUGACCUGGGAGAUCAGGGUUCAAAUCCCCACUCAGCCAUGAAGCUCACUGGGAGACCUUGGGCCAGUCAUCAUCUCUUUGCCUAACCUACCUCACAGGGUUGUUGUGGGGAUGGAAUGGGGAGGGGGAGAACCACAUACACCACCUUGACCUCCUUGGAAGAAAAGGUGCUAUAUAAAUGUAACAAAUAAAUAAAAUAAAGACAUAAAUAGAGGCUAGCAUCUUGAGUGGUUGUAGACUUACUGAUUGACAGGAUGGAAUCCAGCAAGGUUUCUUUUUAGGGAAAACACACAUAUAUCUGUAUGGGCCUCAAAUGACCAUGCAUUAAAUUAAUUCACCAUAUAUAUUUGAGUCAUGUAAAUAUACCCAUAGGAUUGGAUCCAGUGAAGUCGUCCCUCUCCCUUCCCUGUGCAUGUCCCCAAAUCUGCUCUGGGCUUUCUUCUUCUGAGAAGAUUGAGGGGCACUAGGGGGGCAUGUACACAGGGGGAGAGAGUGGACAUCUCAUUGCACAGGCAGAAGUCCUGGCACUACCAAGACAGCUCUGUUGGAUACAAGCCAUAAUUUUAUCUGCGUAACUGAGUGUCUCUUGGGGAUGCAAAAUAGCUAAGAAAGGGGGAACACAACACAAACUGUUUUGUCUGGAGUCAACCACUUACCACAGUGGUGUCCAAACUUUUUUCAAAGAGGGCCAGAUUUGAUGAAGUGAAGGUCUGUGAGGGCCGACCAAAGGGCCAACCAAAGUUGUUGGUCUUUUUUUAGGAUUGAAGCUGUUGAGGUUUUUUAAGGACAUGGGUAGGCAAACUAAGGCCCAAUCCGGCCCAAUCGCCUUCUUCUAAAUCCGGCCCACAAACAGUCCAGGAAUCAGCGUAUUUUUACAUGAGUAGAAUGUGUCCUUUUAUUUAAAUUGCAUCUCUGGGUUAUUUGUGGGGCAUAGGAAUUCGUUCCUAAUUUUCUUCAAAAUAUAGUCCAGUCCCCCACGAGGUCUGAGGGACAGUGGACCAGCCCCCUGCUGAAAAAUUUUGCUGACCCCUGUUUUAGGAUUUUACCCUAGGAAAUAAACUGCCACAGGGGCUGCAUUAAACUGACCGGCAGGCUGGAUUAGGCCCCCUGAAAUGGACUUUGGACAUGCCUGACUUUACAUUAAAACUUUAGAAGAAGGAACGGCUUAUAAUUAAGGGCUACCUGCAAAUGCUGAUAUUUUGUGAACUUAAUCAGUCAGUGAUCAAAUGAUACAGAUAUUAAUGUCUGCACGAAUAAAUCUUAUUUUAUUUUGGCUUGAAAGGCUGUAGUUGAAGCUGUUUCCCCCCUCUCCACCCACAAUCCAGCUCUAUUCUGUGCAGCUGGGGCCCCACACAAAGCAGGUGUGGCAAGAGGGCUUGGUCCUACUUGGGGGGUUCUCAUGGUUAUUUUCUGCAAGUCCACCUAUCUCACAAAAGAUCCAGGUAACACUUCUCAGAGGGCUCCUUAUGCCUGAUAUUCAUUCUGACUCUCCUUUUGGUUUUCUCUUUAGCUCAUCAUUUCCAGUUUCUUGGUGCGCUCAACCAUUGUGUCUCGCUAUGCCUCCACCCAGGUGUGGACUUUCAUGAGCAACCCACACGCAGAGGCAAAAGAAGCUUUCUUUGAUCUGGACCUGCCCAGUUCGGCCUUCAUCUCCAACUUCACCAUGUGAGUCUGAGCUAGCGGAAGGCACCAUAACAGAGCCAUAAUUUUAUGGGACUGAAAGGGAUGUAGCUCAGUGGUGGAGCACAAACUUUGCAUGCAAAAGGUCGCAGGUUCAAUCCCUGGUGCCUCCAUUUGAAACAGGAUGCUCCAACUUUUCAUACCAAGUGGGCCACAGCAGCACUUUGACACUGAACCCAUGGGCUGCACACUGCCCAAAAUUUGAAGCCCCCUCCUCCCCCAGCUCUCACGCUGCUUUCCUAAAUCCAGCUAAGCAAGGAGCUGGGCUUUGGGAAGGAUGUGCAAUGCUCUGGCAGGGUCCUAGAGCCCUUCCACCCCCUUCCCAAAGCUGAACAAGCACUAACUAGGCUUUGGGAAGGAGGCAUGAGGACUCUAGGACCCUGUUAGAACCCUCACACCUCCUUCCCAAAGGCCAGCACCUUCUUACCCAGCUUUGGGAAGGUGACACAAGGGCUGGGGUGUGUUUCACAUGUUGCUGAGGGCCACCAGAAAGGACAUUGAGGGCUGCAUGUGGCCCUUGGACCACCCUUAUUUAAAUGGUUCAAGGAAAGGAACUCUGCUCAAGACCUUACAGAUCCACAGUCAAUUCUUCUUCCUUGGCGAUUACUCAUAGCCAAGUAAAAUUGUCUUCCAUGAAUAUGGUAUUAACGGUGUGUCUGUAAGCAACUGUGGAGGCCAGUUCUGGAUCCACACAUCCUUCCACAGCUGGGACUUAGGUUACCGGGCAGGAGUUGAUCACGGUGAUCACAUUUGCCAAACGUACCUUCCUCAUUUCUCCUUUCUUUCUGAGUUUGUGCUUCUGUCCAUGAUGCCUUUGGUAGAGGCUAUUCUCCAAUUGGAGCCCUUGCAGGCCAGUGUUUCCCAGUUGUCGGUGUUUAUACAUUUUUUAAGAUUUGUCUUGAGAGCAUCUUUAAACCUCUUUUGUUGCCACUGGCAUUACACUUCAGUUGGGAAUAGAGUAGUUGCUUUGGAAGACAAUAAUCAGGCAUCUGAACAACAUGACCAGUCCAAUAUACUUGAAUCCUGCCCACAAAGUAGCGUAAGUCUGGAAGCGCCUCUUCUUAGGCCUCCAGACCUGCUCAGCACAUCCUGCAAUGGAGAAAACCCUGCAGACAUGUGCAUAGCUGUCAACUUUUCCCUUUUCUUGCGAGGAAUCCUAUUUGGAAUAAGGGAAUUUCCCUUAAAAAAAGGAAAACAUUGACAGCUAUGGACAUGUGCUGAGGGUGAGGCAUAGAGUAAUGUGUGAAUAAGAACAGGUAGAAAAAGAGUUGGGUGAGGAAAGCAAACAUGAAGAAGAGAAGGAGAAAGAAGAUAAGAAGUUUAGAUGGCCCAUUCAGUAUAAGUGUAAUGGAAUAUGGUUGGAGGGGGCAGCCCUUGACCAUCAGGGCUGCCAAUCAAACAUUUUAAAAAAACUCUGUUCCUGUGUCUUUCACAGCUGUUUGAUCUGCAGGAGUUAGGUGAAGUUGUUCACAGCAUGGAGCUAAUCAUGAUCACCUGCUCAUCUCUGCAGAGCAAACAGCUGUUAAAGGCAGAGGAAGCCAAAGCAUGGAAAUCUUACAGUGGUUGGUCUGAGAAAGAACAGAACUGCUUGCAGAGCCGCAAGAAGUGGGAAAUACUACCCUGUGCCCUGGGGAAAACUGACAAGUGAUGUUCCAGAACUCCGGAGCUAGAUUUUUCUCUGCCUAGCUCCCCAUCAGACACACACCAGCCCCUCCCACUUCCUCAUGAAACCUCCUCAAGCCCCUCGCAAUGGAGCCCAGAGAAGGAAGCUCCCUUGUGUGGGCAGGAGCAUCCUUGGGGAUAAGGCUGAGGAUUGUCCCAGCAGCCAAAGAAAACUUGGCGGCAGAGGAGACUGCUUGAUUCUGGCGGUGCCCCCUCUCGGGCCCGCCUGCUCGCAGGCCCUGGAACACAGGCAAGGCUUGUUCAAGCUGCUGCGGGAAGUUUGUUUUCCUUCCCUGCCAUGGCAAAUGAGGUUGUCUUUUAAUUGCAGAGGAUGGGUUUGCUGGGUGGCGGGAGGCUGUUUUAAAGAGAUACCGCUUACCCUGAGCAGGGGCAGGAGCAGCAUGUCUGUUCCUAAGCUCUUCACAUAAAGCGGGGGUGGGGGGGAUCCCAAGAGACUGUGAUCUACUCAGAGGGUUAAAAACUGGCAGUGAUCUACCCCCUUUUUAGGGGUUCAGGUCAAAGUUGUUGAGCUUUUUUAGGGAGAAGGGAGGCACCGUUUUAUGGGCUGCAGGGCUAAAAUGUUGAGCUUUUUUUAGGAGAGCCAAAGCUGUUGAGCUUGGGGGGGCAGUGAUCUACCACUGACAUCCAGUGAUCUACCAGUAGAACAUGAUCUACCUGUUGAACGUGCCUGACAUAAAGCAAUGUUUCUUCUCUAAUAGGAGUGGUUGAGCAGAGAGCCUUAGUCUUCAGGUGUUCAGAAUGGGGCAGCUGAAAUGAUCAAGCGGCUGGAGCAAAUCCCUGGAGGAAAGCCUGCAGAAUUUGAGGCUUUUUAGUUGGGAGACAAAGUGAGCAAGGGCUUAUCUUGUUCCACUGCUUUCCCUCAGGGAAAACCUCUCUUUAGCGCUCAAUUCAGGUUCCCCCCGCAUUGCCAUUUGUCCAGGUUUUCCCUUGUGUUAUGUACUGAGAUGAAUAGGAUUCAGAAUGCAGCAGUCUGAUUGGUCCUAGAACAAUAGGAUUCAGAAUGCAGCAGUCUGAUUGGUCCUAGAACAAUAGGACCCAGAAUGCAGCAGUCUGAUUGGUCCACAGGAGCCACCCAAUCCAGCUCCAGGUGGAAGUGAAUCCGCAACCUAAUUGGCCUACAGGAGAAUCCCAGAAUUAGCCAAUCACGUGGGGCCCAUUGUGUAAAUAAUGUAUAUAAAGCAGACAUUCUGGGGGAACUUCCAUUCCUCCUCACCACUAUGAGCUGAAUAAAAAGCAUGAAAUCCACUAUCGACUCCGAGUAUAUUUCACCUUGGAAAGGAGCAGGGCGGGGAGGGGGGGGAAUGGACUGUGCCUAGAAAGUGUGGGUCAGGUGGAAAACUGCUGGGAUCCAUGCUUUGUAGGCACGGCACGAGCGAAAGUGUGGACAAGCCCUAAGAAGUGACAUGAGAUCAUGCUUGGCAUGGAGAAAGCAGAGAAAGAAGUUUUUCUCCCUCUCUCAGGGGCUUCCAACAAAACAGAACGUUGGAGGGUCCAGGGCAGACAGUCCUGUAGGGAUUUCGUUCCCACAAGAGACAGCAAUAGCCACCAACCUGGACGGCAUUAAAAGAGGAUUAGAUAAAUUCAUGGAGGAUGGAAAUAUCCAUCGCUACUAACCAUGAUGGCUGUGCUCUAUCCCCAUGGCUGGAGACAGUAAUGUUUCUGAAUACCAUUUGCUGGAAACUACAGGAGGGGAUUGGGCCUUGCUCUCAUGUUCUGCUUGUGGCCUUCCCAUCAACAUCUGUGAGAACAGGAUGCUAGACUAGAUGGUCUGCUCCAGGAGGCAGCUAAUUUUAUUUUCCCCCUGUGUCUCUCAAAGUAUUCCUAAUGGUUUUUAAUAUUAAUACAUUUGCAUCAAUCUUUUUCCACCUCUUAAAUUCAGAAUCUAGAUCCCAGGGUUAAGGUACCUUUUUGAAAGUUCAAGAUACGUAAUGUCAUUUAACUGUCUGACAGACAGUUAUUAUCAGAUUAAUCUGAAAUAGUGUUUGGUACAAAAACAAAUUGCAUGUACUAUGGGAUUCAAGGCCUUAUUAAAAAUUGUGUACUUACAGCAGAACUAUAUAAAAUGUUUCAGGUUGGUACCAAGAAAAUAUUUCAUUCUUGUAUGCCAACCAGAGUAAUAUGUCUUAAUCUGAAAGUUGAAGGAGAUGCAUAAGAACUUCUUUAUGAUUAUAAAAUAAAAUAUAGGUAAAGGUAAAGGGACCCCUGACCAUUAGGUCCAGUCGUGACCGACUCUGGGGUUGCGGCGCUCAUCUCGCUUUACUGGCCGAGGGAGCCGCCGUACAGCUUCUGGGUCAUGUGGCCAGCAUGACUAAGCCGCUUCUGGCGAACCAGAGCAGCGCACGAAACGCCGUUUACCUUCCUGCCAGAGUGGUACCUAUUUAUCUACUUGCACUUUAACGUGCUUUUGAACUGCUAGGUUGGCAGGAGCAGGGACCGAGCAAUGGGAGCUCACCCUGUCACGGGGAUUCGAACCGCCAACCUUCUGAUCGGCAAGUCCUAGGCUCUGUGGUUUAACCCACAAUGCCACCCGCAUCCUUAAAAUAAAAUAUACAUGUUGCUAAAAAAAAAAAAAAGAUGGUCUGCUCCAGGAGGCUCGUCUUAUGUUCUUGGGCUCCCAUCAGCUCCAGUCCACAAGUACUAUGGUCAGCAAUGGAAGUGGAAGUGCAACAGCGCCUGCCGAGCCACAGGUCUCUCAUCCCUGAUGUGUGUAUUCAGCGGAGUCUUCAUCUAAACUUCCAGAAGUUUAAUUGGGGUGGGGGGUGGGGAAAGGUAAGUUCACUACUGCCAACUCCAUCCUAGUGCUUGAGGCUACAUGGGAUCAUUCCAUAGGAGCUCCUUUAUCUCUGAUUAUUCCAAAGUGUAAAAAUGUUGCCACGGCACUCGUUCUUCCAAUACACUGGGGUUUCAAUUUCCUAUUGAAUAGAGCCAGUCACAGACCUUUGAAGCUUGCUGUCAAUCUCAUCUCUCCCACACUCAACCAACUAUAUAUUUCAGGGUUGAUCUCUGGCAUUGAAAGCAGAUGCCAGAUGAGUUGUGCUCUGGUGAGCCCAGGCACAAAUGAGUCCCUCUCUCUCUCCCCCCGGCUCAGGAAGAUUUUUCGGAAACUAGAGCUACCAGGGUAGGAAGCUAGUAGUAUUAUUUUCCACAUCCUGUUUUGUAAAGAGGGUGCAGUGCAGUACAAUUCUUACAGCUGUUGUUCUCAGUUCCCUUUACCCGUUCACACUACACCACACUGUGUAACCACUACACCACACUGGCUCUCAGUAUUUAAAACAAGUCACUUUUUAUCAUUUCUUUUGAUCUCAUCUGCACUCAUGGUAUUAGCAGAGUCUACAAGGAGUCAUGGGUGACUUUUUUUUCUGUCCCUACCAGGACCAUUAAUGAGAAAAUCUAUGUGGCUGAGGUGAAGGAGAAGCACCAGGCAAAGAAGAUGUAUGAUGAAGCCCGUAGACAGGGGAAGACAGCAGCUCAUGUUGGCACCAAGUAAGAGACCCUCCCUAGGACCCUCCCGCCAUGAGACCUUUGCCCUCCCCCAGAGAUAACUAGGGGCAUUUCAUGUGCCCACAGCUCAAAUCUCACAUGUGAGAAGCGUAACCUCACGACCCAGCUCUGAAAUAACAGAGACCAAUCAGUGCAACCUGCAACAAAAUGUUGCAGUGUGAAGCGCUUCUGUGUAGCUAAGCCCUCUUCUCAGAUAGCCCAGUCCAUCCCCUGCUCACCACCAGCGUUCCAUUCCCACUGAGCAUGCUCCAUUCGGCUGUUUGGGGAGGCUCCACCCAAGUGCUCCCCCCCCCCCGAAGAAUGAAUGUUUGUCCUUUUGCAAACCUUUGGAUUCUGCCACCUCCUCGCAAGUCUGGAUGGAGCUGUUCUGACUGCAUAAGAACUGGAACUUGGGGUGGGGGAGAUAUUUGAUUCUGUUUUCCUGAUUCAAACCUUCCAAAGCAAUGCACAAACUGAAACGCAGCCACAAUUCAAAAUCCUCCCUUCUCUCAAUUUUGCCUUGCGAUUCUCCGAGCAAAUAAAGCAUACAGAAAUGGAUAUAAAGUGUACCUAAAGUAGAUAAAAAUGAGUAUAUUAAUUAAAUAUCUAGGUUUGGGGAAACCUCAAGGUUUGCCAAAGUACAAAAAAAAAUACUGGGUGGGGGGGAAUCUUAAGGACCACAGGAGGACAGAGCAUGCUCAGUGUCCACAAAAUGGUGGCUGACUUUUGGGGGAAUGGGAAUAGAAAACCUGGUGGAAGGAAGAAUGGGACAAUCAUGGGAGAGGGCUGAGCUGGCUGGCUGGCUGGUCCAGGCUCAGAAUCUGUUUGGAAGCAUGCAAGGUAGUCAAUGACAUCCACCACUCAACCCCCUCCAGGAAGACUUUUGAAAGCAUGCCCAAUUGCAGCCUUCUCUGUGCUUGUGCGGAAUUAUUCACCCAACCAGUCGAGAUCGAUAAUGAGCAGGCUUGCCGCAAGUGCAGGGGUCCUGCCAAGUGGGUUCUCAAAGAGCAAACAUCGUCUCCGAUAACCUGCUAUUGAGUGACGUUUCCCAGGGACCGAGAAACGGAAAAAUUCAGGGUGUCAGCCAGCGUGGAGGCAGGGGGCAAGGUGGCCUUUGAGCUGACUUACGAAGAGCUGCUGCAGCGGCAUUUGGGCAAAUACCAGCAUGCCAUCAGCAUCCGGCCCCAUCAGGUGGUAAGGAACCUCAGCGUGGAGGUGAGCAUCUCCGAGCGCACCGGCAUCAGCUACGUCCAUGUGCUGCCACUCCGCACCAGCCGACUGCUGACCAACACCCUUCGAGGUAUGGCGUUCUCCUCCAGCUGCAUGUUUGGGGGGCUUCCAGUAAAAAAAGGAUAAUACAUUUCUCCAUUGUGCUUUAUUAUUAUCUCUUGCUUUGAUAGUCAGCCGGCUGUCCAGGUUUAUAUAUACAUUUUUAUUAGUUUUUUUAACAUAUCAUUUCCAACAAUCAUAUAACAUAACUUCUUAUCUUAUACAAUACAGUGGUACCUCUGGAUGUGAACGGGAUCCAUUCUGGAGCCCUGGUCACAUCAUGAGCAGAACACAACCCGUGUCUGUGCGUGCGCAGGUCGUGAUUUGCCGUGUCUGCGCAUGCACGUGACAUCAUUCUGAGCAUCUGCACAUGCAUGAGUGGCAAAACCCAGAAGUAACCUGUUCCGUUACUUCUGGGUCGCCGCAGGACGCAACCCGAAAAGAUUUAACCUGAAGCGACUUUAACCCGAGGUAUGACUGUAUUUUAGACUUACAUCAACAGCUCUGCUGAUUUUCUGUUCUUUAUCACUUAUUCUGCAUUUCUUAAUUUCUCUAUUACUCUUAAUUAUCAUUAACUACUAAUUCUCCUCAUAGUCUUUCUUGCAAUAUUUCAAAUAGUCAUCCUUACAAAACUUCUUGCAAUCCUACUAGCGUAAUCUGUUCAUUACCCACAGAUGACAGCAGGAGUCAGAGACAUGGCAGUCACUCCUGGAACUGGUGUGGCAGCUUUGGUGUGACCGGCUGUCCAGGUUUAAGCAUGCUCCAGAGCACUGCGGUACACUCUGCGUUGUGACACCACCUGCUUUCACCACAGUUGUAACACAGGAGGAGGUGAACUGCAGAUUUGGGUGUUGGCUGUGUCGCUUUUGCUCCCAAAAUCUUAGGCUUUCAGCAAAGGCAAAUAGAUACACCUGGGAACUGCUGCUCGGUUUUCAUGAAAAACAGAACCGCAGCUAUCUUGUAGAUUCCAAGUCUUGGGGAUGGUUCACACACACAUGUGCAACACGUCCGCUUCUCCCACCUCUUUCCCCUGGGAAAACUUGCUCUUUACUGCUGAAUCGGAGCAAACAUCAACUGGAUUUUCUGCUGGUUGAUGUUUGUCCUGAUACAGUGGUAAAGAGUGGGUUUUCCUGAGGAAGGUGGCCGGGCAAACAGAAAACCACUCAGACCCGUCCCUGGAAAGCACAGGGCAAGCGGAAAACUUCUUGGACCCCUGGGACAAGCAGAAAUGUGGAUGAGCCCUGACCCCAGUUAAAAUUAUUUAUAAGUUCUGUCCAUAGUGCUAGAUCUGUAAAGGCUGAUUCACACACUUGAGUUCAUUCUGUGCUGUUGCUGUCAUUCAUGGGUGAGCCAGCAGCCUUCAACCUCAUCCACGGAUGAAUUUGCCAUUUCCUUUCAGGUGAUUCUGUUGUGCCGCCAUCUACUCGGGUGGAGAAAGGAACACACUGUGCUUGGAUUGUUUUCUCUCCAACCCCGCAAGAGCAGGCGGAGUUCUCCAGCUCAGGAAUCAUGGGUGAUUUUGUGGUUCAGUAUGACGUGACCAUGCCGGAUGUUGCAGGAGACGUACAGGUUAGGGAAAGGACUACCCAACCAGAACUGAGACUAGAUGGAACAUUUGGGGCUUCAGGACUGCCUUAGAAAGGGUAACACAGACUGUGAUACUGUGAUACAGAGAAAUCCAGGCAGACACCAGUGUAAGCAUGAGAAUGACCUUGUUAGAUAAAAUUGAAGGGCUGCUUAGUCCAGCUGUGUUGCAAAGCUUGUCAGCCAGAUGCCUCUACAAGGUCACAGGCAGGCAGGACUGUGAGUACUUGGUUCAAAAUAAGUCCUGCUUCUGUAAAAGCAGAACCAUGCAAUCUGGAUAACUUAUGCAAAUGAAUGUCUCUAUAAAGUGCUUUCCAUUUACAGUAUUCUCAGUGUUUCAGUUUCUGCAUGGGGCACAAUUACACUGGGCAAUCUUAUUUAGACCUGGUAAUUCUUCUGAUAAUUCUGUAUUGCCCAUACAAAUCUUCCUACUACGCAUGAGAGAUAAAAAAUUGCUUGAAAGGAAGGAAGGAUGGUGAGAUUAUUAGGAAGCCAAAUUCUGCGCCCAGUACCACAUCCUGCACUUUUUCUGCAGUUGUGCUUGUAGGAUAGGAAGAUAAUUACCAUCCCCAGCUACCUUUCCUUGGAACCUGGUAAUGCAACAGCAGGGGUAGUCUGUUGUCUUCCCACUGUUGUUGGACUCUUAACUACCACCAGUCCCAGCCAGCAUGCACAAUGGUCAGGGAUGGUGGGAUUUUAAACCCAGCAACAUCUGGAGAUCCACAGGUUCCCCAUCCCUGGGAUUGUUUGUUUUUGGCAUCCAUCUGUCUCAAGAGACAGCGGAGUGUGGCUCUGGGGGUGAAGUCAAACCACUGGAAAAUCACAGCGCCUGCUGUGGCUGCAGAGACCAGCAACUCUUAAGUGCUGCCCCCUGUGUUGGUUUUGCUGCAUUAGCAGCACCAAAGCGACUUCUCUGGAAUGCAAGCAUAGGUAGUGUGUGUGGAAGUCCUGGGCUGCCCAAAUGACAAGACCCCCUGCCGGCCUCACUGAUGUGGUCCAAAGGAAAGCAGAGCAAAACGUUUGGCGCCAGCUUGGCAGCAGGAGUUGCCGGAAGGAGGCGUACAAGGUGCCAUCCAAUGGCUUUAGGGACUUAGGGAUUUGUGUAGGGUGGGAUUAAAUCAGGGGUUGGCAAGGUUUACCUUGCCUGGGCCGGUUCACUCCAGUGGAGAUCCCUUGGUGGGCUGGAUCGCGACUUCCGGCACCGGCACCUGCAUCUGCGCAAGCAUGAUUUCCGGUACCACGGAAGCAAGUUCCGGUGCUGCGCUGUGCCGGUUUAGCGCAGCAUGCAGGGACUCGCCAAGCAGGCAGCUCGGUUCGGGGGUGGCUCGGGGGCCAGUUAAACGACCCCUGUGGGCUGUUUGUGGCCCAUGGACCUUAGGUUGCCGACCCCUGGAUUAAAUGAUAGUGCGCACCCUUUCCAGAGUGACCGUUCUACUUCUCUCUCUCUCUCUCAGAUCUACAAUGGCUACUUUGUCCACUUCUUUGCCCCGAGGGGCUUGCCCCCUGUGCAGAAGGACGUGGUGUUUGUUAUCGAUGUCAGUGGCUCCAUGUAUGGCACCAAGAUGAAACAGGUGAAGUUGCAAGCAGGAAGGGCCCCUUUCCCCUGAAUUGGUGUCUUUGUGUUGGCACAUGUGCCACAGUCCAGAAGGAAAACAUGGGUUGUUAUUUCCCAAGAUGCACAUCUUCUAAGUCCAAUUCCCUGGUGCUUAUAUGCUAGAAUUGGGCUCGGGGCCAUGCAAGGGCUGAAUGUCAGUGUGAACAGGCUGUGUUAAGACAAACAGAAGUGAACUUAUUAUUACUAUUAUGGCUACAUUUUUAUCCCACCCUUCCUCAAGGUGGCAUACAUGGUUCUCCUCCUUCUCCACUUUCUCCUCAGAACAACCCUGUGAGGUAGGCUAGGCCAAGAGAGUGUAACUGGCCCACAGUGUCACUGUGCAACCUUCAUGGCUGUGUGGGGAUUUGAACCCAGUCCUAGUCCAAUAUGCUUAGCACUACAUUACACUGAUAAAGGAUUAUCCGUUUUAAAUGUUGAAUCUAAACUUUAAAUGUCGUUGAGCUGAGUUGAUUUAAUAUUUUCUAACAACAAAUGUUGAGCUCAACAGGACUCACAAUAAUCACAACAAUAGCAUUAAAAAACAACAAACAAAGCAAUCACUAUAAUUUCAAACGCAAUAGCUGAUGAAGCAAACAAGAAAUUCAUCAAAACAAUUAGUGCAAUUCAGUAAUGUCAGAGCAUUACCAGCUUUUUAUGCUGUGUGCAAAGGAAGAAGCCCCUCACAGAAAAUGGCUCCUCCAAAUUUUCAGCAAAUCUCCUUCUUCUCAUUUGGUCUGCUGCACCAAAGCCUGCCCCAUUCAGCAGCGUAAACCUCAAGAGAAGCUUUUGUGGGGACUCGGGAACAGUCACCCUUUCUGUGACUGUUUUAAAUUGUUUUUAGAUGUUCUUAAUUUUUUUAAAUAAAUAAAUUAAAUUUCAAUUGUAUUUGUUGCUUGCCACCCUGGGGAGGAAGGGUGAGGUAAAAAUUCAGUAAAGAAGUAAGUAAGUAAAUUUUGUGUGGCAGUCAUUGCCUGCUUUGACUCAUUAAGCAUAGCUAAUACUAAAAUUAUUCUGAACUUGGAACUCUUUGCAUAUGGCACCUUCUUGAGGAAAAAAUGCAAGUUGCAGGAGGAGGCGAGUGUCGUGCACUUCACAAGCCAUUAACCCUGAGCUGUAGAUAAGUGGCAUGGACCUGAGUCUGGAAAGGUUCAAAGAGCAGCCCCUUGCGGCUUGGGAAACAUGGAUGACCAUUUCUUUAAGCAGAUGUUUUACGUAGGGACGUUUUCUUCCACAGACCAAAAAGGCCAUGCACGUCAUUCUGAGCGACCUCCACCACGAUGACUACUUCAACAUUGUUACUUUCUCGGACGCUGUGAAUGUGUGGAUGCCCAGCCAUUCCAUCCAAGCUACGCCUCAGAAUAUCCGGAAAGCCAAGGACUAUGUCAGCAAGAUGGAAGCAGACGGAUGUGAGUUCUGGGCCGGCCAAGAUAAUUGCUGGGGGGGGGGGGGGUUGCUGGUGUGCUGGUCCUGGAGUCAAGGACACAAACAGCCAUUGGAGUAUUGGGAAGAAUGCUCCAUAUUUGCUCUCUUGAGCUCUGCCUUCCCCGUUCUUACACACAGGAGCCAAAAUGGGGGUAGAUCAAAGCUGCCAGUGCUCACUUUCAAUAAUAAUAAUAAUAAUAAUAAUAAUAAUAAUAAUUAUACCCUGCCCUUCCAAGCCAGAGCCAGGCUCAGGGUGGCUAACACCAAUAAAAUCACAGUAAAAACAAAACAAAACAUGAUAGGGGGAAAAGAAAAAACCAGUUUAAAAUACAGGUUAAAAUGCAAUUUAAAAAUGCACCCUCAUUUUAAAAGUAACUGAUAAAUCAAGACCAUAAGGGGAGGAAAACAUAAGGGUCAGACUGAGUCCAAACCAAAGGCCUGGUGGAACAGCUCUGUCUUGCAGGCCCUGCAGGAAGAUGUCAAGUCCCGCAGGGCCCUAGUCUCUUGUGACAAAGUGUUCCACCAAGUUGGGGCCAGUACUGAAAAGGCCCUGGCCCUAGUAGAGACCAAUCUAACCACCUUGCGACCUGGGACCUCCAAAAUGUUAUCAUUUGUGGACCUUAAGGUCCUCCGCGGGGCAUACCAGGAGAGGCGGUCCUAGAACCCAAAUUCUCCCCUUUGGAUGUGACUCAGGAGCCCAGAUUCAUAGCCAUCUCUGAGUCUAUCCCUUCCUUUAGACACCACUGUUCUUCUCAGAAAACCUAGGAGUCCUGUCUUCUGAUUUCCCGGGCCUUCUGCUCCCUAGGGACUGAUAUCAACGCAGCUCUGCUUGCUGCCGCCUCCGUCUUCAACCGGAGCUCUCCAGCGGCGGGGAAAGUUGUGAAGGAACAGAGAAUCCCCCUGAUCAUCUUCCUGACAGAUGGCGAGCCCACCUCAGGCGUGACGGCCGGCAGCCGCAUUCUCUCCAAUGCUCAGCAGGCUCUGAAAGGCACCACCUCGCUGUUUGGCCUGGCUUUCGGGGAUGAUGCGGACUACGGGCUGAUGAGGCGCCUGUCGCUGGAGAACCGCGGCGUCGCUCGGCGCAUCUAUGAAGACGCUGAUGCCACUUUGCAGCUGAAGGGUUUCUACGACGAGAUCGCCAGCCCUUUGCUGUACGAUGUGGAGCUGGCCUACCUGGACGGGGUGGCACAAGACCUCACCCAGAACCUGUUCCCCAACUAUUUCCUGGGCUCUGAGCUGGUUGUGGCCGGGCGGGUGAAGCCAGGGGCACCAGAGCUGCGGGUUCGCACCACGGGGCACGGCCAGGAGGGCCCCCUGAGCCUUGAAAACGACAUCUCUGCCAACGCCACGGAAGCUGCUCCCUUUGGCUGCUUUGGGGAUGCCAACAAGAUCGGUCGCUUUGUGCAGAGGCUUUGGGCCUACUUCACCAUUCAGGACCUGCUGCAGGCCCGGUUCCGAGCCAAUGACACAGCCGCCCGCCGCCUGCUGACUGAAAAGGCCACCAACCUGUCACUCAAGUACAACUUUGUCACCCCCGUCACCUCCCUGAUUGUGGUGCGGCCAGAUGAGGACAGAGAAAAGGGCCGGCCAGCGAAAGCUACUAUCAGCCCUCCAGGGGUGACCAGAGCGUUCAAGGCCACCCCCACAACAUUUGGGGUUUCCGCUGCAUUGGGGCUCUCUAAAGUGGCAAAAGCCACACCUGCCCCUGGAGCGACCAGUGUCCCCGUGGUUGCAAAAUCCCCAAAGGUCACAGCAAGGCCAGGAUCUGCUCCCGCUCCCCUGGUCCCAGUGGCAGCAGCUAGAGUCACGAAAGCAGGCAGAACCACGUCCCCACCGUUUGCUGCCAUCACUGCCGUCACUCCCGCCACUACCUUCAUUUCCCCAGUGCCUCCUGCUCCCGGUCACACCAAAACGGCCAAAGCUGCCACACCAGUUCCAGGAGUGACUGCCAUGUCUCUGACUCCUGCUGUCAGCCGUGGGUCUGCUAAACCACCCAGAGCCACAGCCUCCCCGAGGGCAACCAGGCCCCCCAUCAAACCCCCCAAGCCCAGCUCCACCAGAGCUGGGAGACUGAAGGUCACGCUUCAGCCACACUCUGUUUUGGAAACCAGAGGAACAGCUGUUUCCAAGGUCCUGGCAGGGACCGCCAGCACAGGGCACAGCAGGCCUCCCACAACAGGGCACCCGCCUGGCAGUGCCAAGGUCCUAGGGGGUCAGUCCAGUCCCUGGGAGCAGCUAGAGAUGACACCAAACCCUGUGACCCAGCACCAAAUGCCUACCAGCUGGCAGGCAAGUACCGCCAAGGUGGAGGCCGGGAACGUUCCCUGGAGUAAGACAACAACUCCCAAAGGUGGGGCAGCCGCAGAGAUGCACACUGACAAGCCCCCAUGGAACAGCACCAUGCCUUGGGGCACAACAUCUGGAGCUACGCCCCUAGUGACUCUGGGAGCAGAGUUGGAGAGUAAAAGCAGGGUUCCUGGUAGCACCACCGCUGCGCCAGACAUCAGCCUCCUCCUGCUGCCCGGGGAGUCUGAGCUACGCUCAGCCACCGACCAGGACACAGAAUAUGUGGAGUCAUUGAACCCGCCGGCUGUGUAUAGUUUCGUGACACCCCGGGGACACGCAGGUAGGUGCAAGGAAAUAGGAGUAGCUUUGCAUGUUUCAGCCUUCCUUUGACAUCUGCAACCUAUUCUACACCUGACCAACACUUGCCUCACUUCCAGCAUCCUUAAUCCAAUUGUCAUGCUGCUGGUCUCCCAAGCACUGGGUGGGCUACGGGCCUUGCUUGAGGAGGAACUUGGCUUGGUUCAACACUCAUAGGUCUUAACAACUCUUUGGCUCUACCAGCAUUUGGUGUCACCUGUCCAAAGAACCAGCUGUGUGGUCUCUUUCUUCCUUGCUCUGUCUCUCCCACCUUAACCUGUGCUCUAACUUUACCAUCUUUCUCCUCAUUUAGGGCCUAUUGCUUCCCCCUCCCCAUUCCUUCCUUCUAGCCUGUGCAUCCUUCCCAGCAGUCUGGCUUUCCCCAUCUCCUGCUGCUGCUCUACAUUCUUUGGGACGUUGUUGGACUCUUAACUCCCAUCAGGCCCUGGUCAACAUGCCCAACGGCUGGGAAUGAUGGAAGUGGAAAUCCAGCAAGGUCUAGAGGGAGUCACAUUCACUGCCCAUGUUCUAUGCCAUCUUCUUCCCAUUCUGCUCCCAAAUGGUUCAGGCUCUCAACUUUUGUUUGUCUUCUCCUCAGAAACUCUGGAUUAUGAAGACUAUUCAGGUAAUUCUGCCAUCAUAGUCACUCACUCGGAACUUUGCGGGGCUGGUAAGGUCAUCAUAUUUCCUCUUUUAAAAGGUUUUAUCAGAUUCCAGUCCUCCUGCCUCUCUGGUGGAUAAAAGAUGUUUUUAAGCUGGGAAUCAGGGCUGGCAUGAACACAGGGCCUUGCCAGUUCUUUCUUUCUUUUUACAGAAAUCCCACUUGGAUAUUAAUAUGCAGCAGCUUCCCCCCAAACUGGUGCCCUACAAUUGUUUAGGACUGCAACUCUCUCUGCACCCACCCAGCAUGGCCAGAGGUCAGGGAUGAUGGGAGCUGCAAUUCAAAACAUCUGAAGGGCAUCAGGUAAAGGAAAGCUUGCAUAUGGGAAAGUGGCACUUGGCCUCGAUACAAUACGAUACAAUAUCUUUAUUGUCAUUGUCCCAUACAGAACAAUGAAAUUGAAAAAUCUACAUAAGACAUUCAAAAUCCCCUAAAAACUCUGAAACCCCAUUUUAAAAUACAAUAUACUAUAGAGACUCCUUAUACUGCGUUUAGAACCAGAAUUGCAUUUGGGUAGAAACUGUUUCUCAGGCGGCUAGUCCUGGUCUUUAUAACCCUGUACCUUCUUCCAGAAGGCAGAAGCUGAAAGAGAUCAUUUCCGGGGUGCGUACUAUCCUGCGCUAUCUCUGCAGCUUUCUUAUGGCACCUGACAGCAUAGAUUUGAUCUAAGGUGGGAAGAGUGCACCCAAUUAUUCUCUCUGCCGUCUUUACAACCCUCAGAAUGUACCCUAACAUGGUAAUAGUACUUGCCAGAAACUCAGGGUUGGCAUACAAUUCUGAGAUUACUAGAACAGCCUGAAAUGGGGACAUUUUAAAGCCUCUCCUUAGAAAUGGGAGGCAAGAAGUAUACCCCCGGUCAUAUCACUUCCAGGCUAACCAGAAAGCUGAAAUUUAAUAUACACGAAGCCCCCAUGUCAUACCUACUACCCAGAGCCUGAAAAUGGGCCACGUCUUUGUAUCCAACACUCAAAACACAGCACAAUAAUUUUCUCUCAUAAGGGAGACCAGCCAUUGCAGCACCAAGCAAGCCAAGCCCAAUAUCUCACAAAAGUGUGUGUGUGUAAAUCCUGUUCAGGCAUGGAUUUGUGGGGAGGGGCCAGAAAUCAUUGGUCUAUGCCUGCAGAAUGCAAGCUCCAUUUACUAGCAUUUGUAUAAAACUUCAAAGCUGCUCAAGAUAAAUUCAAACUGAUAGUAUUUGGGAAGUCGUCGUGGCCUUCCAAGCAGGUAGUGCUUGGAGUCAGGCCCAUUGUAGUCGCCUGCUCCUGGCUGAAAAGCAACAGCACUGUUCUCUUUCUAUCCCACAGCAAGCAGCACCAAUGUUUCAGUGACUCUCUUGGGUUCUGCAGGAACAGAUAACUAUUAGCAAUGACAACUGAAGGGAUUCAGAGAAAUGCUGGGCUGGCUCAGCCCCUUGGGAAAGGGGGUUGAGGGCGGUGGUACCAGGGGAGGUUUGCUUCCAAGGUUUGCCCGACUCCUCUGAAAAUAGACUUUCCUUUGCAGACUUCUUAGAAGAACCGGACGGUGAUUCAGGUACAUCCCUGCAGGAUGGGUGCAUAAGGGCUGCAGGGCUGAUAACUGGUGGGUCCAGCGAGGUCUUCUGUUGGACAGGAACGGAAUCCGAAAAGCCACUCAAGUCUGGGUUCAGCCAGGCUUUGCCCAUGGCCUGUAGCUGCCUUUGUUUUGUCCUGGCUCAACCACCACCUGCCAAGAUUUCAUUCUGAAUCCACCCUUCCCCACCUGCCAUCUUUUGCCCUCUUUGCCCCGCCUUGGCCCGAGGUGGUGGUGGUGGUGGGGAGGUGAGCAUUUUCAAAAUAAACAGCUCGAUCCUGGCUGUCCAAUCCUUUUCAGUGUCUGCGCUGCAGCAGCCCAUAGAUGGGCCAAGACAGCUGAUCCAAAUCCAUUUGGGUUAGCUGCUAGGCAAAGAGGCAGAGCCUGUACCUUGGCCCCAAAAUUAGAUGUGUGGUGGUACUGGCUGCCCAGAUAUGCUGAGAGCGCUGCUUGAUGACCAGUGGGUCUAAUGCUGCUCCUUCCAUCUCUCUUUCCAGGCUCCUUGGUAGGUUCAUCUGACCCUGGCUUCUUCACCUUCUCCUCCUGGGGUAAGGCCAUCUUAUUCCCAGCCAUGCAGAUUCCCAUACCUCCCUCAUUUUUUCAUUUAGCAUCUUACACCCUUGUUUGUUUUUCCUUGCAGUGGAUGGAGACCCUCACUUUGUAGUAAGGUUGCCACAUUCACUGGGGAACCUGUGCUUUACUCUGGAUGGAUGCUCAGGAGAUGUCCUGCGCUUGGUGAGCGACCCUGCAACAGGUAAGGGCUGCAGUGCCUUCUGAUCAACAUGGGGUGGGCUUGUUCAGAACCAACCCAGAGGGUUCCAAGAACAGAACAGAAGGGUAGGUAUAGCCAACCUCUUGUUUUCAAUAAUUUUGGCAUAUCAAGCCAGGUACAUGUGCCUGCAAGCAUAUGCAGCGUGUCUACCCACCUUUCUCCAUCCAACCUGGUCAACUUUUAAAGAACCUGACAAUGCCUCUGAGGAUGUGCAGAUAAUUUAUCAAGAGAAUCAACUUCUGUUAAAAAUGGAUCUAGGACUCAGUGCCUUUGUACACUGCAAAGUGCUUUUCAUCUCUGAUGGGAAGCAAGUACAAACAAAAAAUGGCAGAGCACACAAACACAAAAUCUACAUAUUAUAAAAAGGAAAAUCUAAUUAAAACACUAGAUACACAAUCUACCACUUUAUUUUGUACUCUCAAAUUCUAGUAACUGGGCAGGAAGAGAGAAUGUUAGCUAGUUGACAAAUCUUGAGAGUAAGGAGAUAUGUUCCUGUUUAGAUGCAGUGAAAGCAGUUAUACCAACAGGCAUGCCUUACCCCAAAGAAUUCUGGGAACUGUAGUUGUUAACAGUGCUGAGACCUUUCCCACUUACAGUUCCCAGCCCCCUUAACAAGCUACAGUUCCUAGGAUUAUUAUGGGGAUAGUAGGACUGUUAAGAGCAUUAUAAGAGUGCUUUCGGUGUGGCAUGGCUGUGACCAGUGGGCUGGUUUAGGCUUGCAGGCAUGGGAACCCUGUGGACUCCCAACUCCUACUGGCACCAGCCAGUCUCACCAGUAGCCAGGGAUGAUGGGACUUGUACUGGAGGCCCACAGCUGUUGCAAACCAGAACACCUGGGUUCUGUGCCUUCUCCCUCUAGGUGGGAAGUGGGGAAAUGGAAAGACUGUUCUUUCAUUACAGAGUGCUGCCUUCCUUUGCCCCCCAGGGUUGUCUGUCAACGGGCACCUAAUGGGGGCCCCUUUCAGGCCAGGCCAUGAGGAGCGUCCCCGCACCUACUUUGAUGCCAUAACCAUAGCAGUGGAGCACCCUCGAGUUGGCUAUGUGGUCAACGUAACACGGAAGGGCGUCACACUCCAUGGUGAAGGUGAGCUGGUGUUGCCCUUUGCCCAGCGGGCUGCAAUCCACAAGCACCAGCUGGCAAUUUCUGUGUGGCCUGAAGCCAACGUCACCGUAUGGAUUGGUCACGAAGUGGAGUUCCUGGUUCUUCUGCAUCGCUACAGUCACCCCACGGCCCUGCAGCGGGAUCAUCUCGGCUUCUAUGUGGUGAACAGCAAGGGGCUGUCAGCUUCAGCAGGUGGCUUGCUAGGUGAGCAACUCCUCUUACAAAUACAGCUUUUAGGCUGCUAACUAACACCAUCCGUCUUGCACAAGCAGUUUGAUGCAGGUUGCAUCUGUGGCAGGGACCAGGGAGUGCUAGGGUCACAUUGCCCUAGUCCAGACUGCAAUGCAAUUAUUUAGGAGUGCCCUUACUCUACCCAGUGGCGUAGCGUGGGGGGUGCAGGGGGGGCCGGCCGCACCGGGCGCAACAUUGGGGGGGGGCGCUCGCACUCGCAGCUCUCUGCCCCUACCUGGCUCACUCACUCUCUCUCACUGCAGUGCUGGCUGUGCGAAUCCGAUCCGAGCCGCUGGGUCGCCGCCCACUGUGGAGGGGAUGGGUGCCAGGCGUGCGGUGCAGAGAGAGAGCGAGGACUAUCUGGGGGAGGGACAGUGCAGCGGCCGCCCAGCGCAGCGCUGAGCGCGGGAGAGAACCACACCAGACCAGACCAGGCAGCAGCAAGAAGAAGCUGGCAGCAGCGGCAGGUUAGGGGUUAGGGGGCGCAAAUUACUUGCCUUGCCCCGGGUUAGGGGGUGCAAAUUACUUGCCUUGCCCCGGGUUAGGGGGCGCAAAUUACUUGCCUUGCCCCGGGUGCUGACAACCCACGCUACACCGCUGACUCUACCUGCCUAUUUGUAAAAACAGUUGAGUGGAAUAGGCAAUUUUCAUAGAGGAAAACAGCAGGGGAGGGGUUAAUGCCCCCUUCCUCUGUGCUAUGGUCCUACUCUGGGCCUCUCCCAUACACAACCUGCCACAGUUGCUGCAAGUUUUAAAAAAAAGAGAGAAGGAAGAUCCCAAUCAUAGGAUUCAAAGAUGCUUUUACAGUCGCAUAUAACUUGAUCCUGAGUAACUAGAAUGCAAGCUCUUUAAAUAUAGUACCUUUUUGCAAUUUUAACUUCAGUAUACCCAAAGCAAACUCUCUAACCUUGCUGGGAGUUUUAUCCAUCUUUUGAAAUCUCCUCUCCCUCCUUUCCAAUAUGAUCCCCCAGGGAUCACAGUAGCACCUGGUCAUACUGGCUGAGGCUGAUAGGAGCUGGAGUCUGGAGGGGCACCAGGCUCCCCCACCCCAAAUGUGUUGCCCACUCCACCUUCACUUAGACCAGCAGCCCCUGUCACUUCAGGGUCUACCCUUCAGAAAACCCCAGAUUUUUAGGACAGAAGGUAUUCCUAAGCAGCAAGUAAAGCUGCAGAUGUGUGGGGAACUUUUGUCCCUCCAGCUGUUGCUGAACUUCAUCUCCCAUCAUGGUCGACCAUACUUGCUGGGGCUGCUGGGAGGUAUAGUUCAGUGGCAGGAGCUGGAGGGCCAAAGGUUCCCCCCACCUGCUGUAGAAAACGAGAUCUGUGCUAGAUAUGAGCGCGGUAAGGCUAGUUUGACUGGAUGCUUCAUCAGUCUAAUUCCCCACCUGCCUUUUCCUGACCACACACAUCAUGUGCUCCUGUUUUGCCAAUCUGCUCUUCCACAGGCCAGUUUCAGAGGGACACCAUCAGGCUCUCCCCAGCCCCCACCGAAGGGGAGCGAGCAGCAUGGAUGUGGAGGGGCUCUAACAAAGCCCUGGUCACCGAGGUCACCAAAAUACUGAAGGAUUCAUCCUGGAGGGCACAUGAGGCACCAUGCUGGCUGCUGAAACGCAAGGAUGUGGAGGAGCUGUUGGGGGCUCCCUACAGCUCCUACGUAACCUCCAACCUGCUGGAAUUGUGAGCCAGCCAUCUUUCACUCAACUGGGGUAGCAAGCAACAAAAGUCCAGGACUUUCCCAAUUCCCAACCUCGCCCCCCCCCCCCAAUCCUUACGCGACAGGGAUGGUGUGGAAUAGGAGGGAGAGCCUGUUGUCUCCCUCCCAGGACCUUUGGAGUAGAUUCUGGGGGGUGGAGGCAGGAUAGCUUUGUUUUGUUUUGUUUUAAAUGUCUCUCACAGUGCAGACAUAUUUAAAAUUAUGCCCUCAUUACACUGUUUUAUUAACUUCAUAUAGAAAAGGACAGUGGAUUUAUCACCAAGGUGUCUCCUCAUCAGUUUGUGCAGGGAAUCCUGAAUGGGUGACUCAUUCCACAGGAAAGGCUGUGCAAAUUUUCAACAUCAUCAUCCUUGAUGCUGGGAGGAUAUUCACUUUUUCUCUCCCCCUCCCCUGGGAAACUUUCCAGCAGAUAUUUGGCCCUCCCAAACCCCAAAUUGUUAAAAAACAGC